AGGAACUUGUAGUAACUGACAUUGUCAGUAUAGCUAGUUGUCACAGAGUUGCAGUUGCUUUGUGAAUUUAAAUCGUUUACAUGCUUGAAUAUGGAACAAAAGUUGGCAGACUUUAGAGCCAGAAAGAAAGCUGUGAAGGACGCAAAAAAAACCGACCACCAAAAAAGUUCCUCAAAAUCAUGCUACACGGAUAAACUCGCAGCUCCGAGUGACACGUCGAAGUCAGUGCAACCUAAUGUUUACGUGGAGUCAAAUAAAGCCUCUGACUGGUUGCUUGACAGUGCCCUUGGACGAUGGCUGGGUGUGCAACGUUUGGCCUUCACAAAUUUGACCCUACUGAAAGUGUUAUUGUGGCUGGUUUUACUUGGACUUUUCUCUGAGCUUGACUUUGGGUUGCCCUUCUUUCUCAUAUCUUUAUUUUAUUGGCUCUAUGAGGGUCUACGGAAACCCACUACAAGACAACCUGGAGAGCUCAGUGCUUACUCUGUGUUUAAUCCAAACUGUCAGCCAAUCAUGGGGACCUUAACUGCAGAACAACUUGAGGGAGAGAUGGGGUAUAGACCAAUGGCUAACAGAAUAUGCUCGUGACAGGUUGUCAGAGUUCUACUUCAAAAGGAAUUAUGGAUUUGGAUUGCCAGGGUCUGAGCUGCAACAUAAUUACUGCAAAUUCUACAUACAAAUGUAAAAAAAACCAAAACAUUUUCAGCAAUGGACAGUGAAAAGGGAAAGGAGGAUUAAUAAACCUGACAUAUGUCAUAUAUUGUAUUAAAGACCAUGUCUGAGUGCA